ACAAGCGGAGGCCGCUCUUCGACGGCCAAUCAGAUCGAGAUCGACAAGAAGUUUCCUUUCCGAGCGCGCCGGCCGGCUGAUACCUGCCAUCUCUCUCUCUUCCUCUCCUGCGCAUUUGGCGCUUGCCCUGCUCCCCAAAAUCGCCAACUAAUCCCGCUGCCGCCCAUCACCACACCUUCUCCUCCUCCAUCUCUCCCUCCCUGCAGUCUCUUCUACUCAAACGCACAUCUUUAAAACGGCCACCUCCCCGUGCCACCAUAGUUGGCCACCCACCUAGCUCCAUCGAUCUCCUCCAAUCCUCACGCACACAGUAACACAAUGGCAAAGCCCCGCAAGAACUCCGCCGCCGCCAACAACAACAACAACGACAACAGCACCAACGCUAACAACGCCGUCGCCGAGGCUGCGGCGGCGGAUGUGCGCGCGAAGCCGAAGAAGCGCACCCGGAAGAGCGUGCCGCGGGAGUCCCCCUCGCAGCGCAGCUCCAUCUACCGCGGCGUUACACGGCACCGGUGGACGGGGCGGUUCGAGGCGCACCUGUGGGACAAGAACAGCUGGAACGAGUCCCAGAACAAGAAGGGCAAGCAAGUUUACCUCGGAGCAUACGACGAGGAGGAGGCAGCGGCCCGGGCGUAUGACUUGGCGGCAUUGAAAUACUGGGGCCCCGACACCAUCCUCAACUUCCCGCUAUCUGUAUACGAUGAUGAGUUGAAAGAAAUGGAGGGGCAGUCAAGGGAAGAGUAUAUUGGGUCCCUGAGGAGGAAAAGUAGCGGGUUCUCAAGAGGAGUCUCCAAGUACCGCGGUGUCGCCAGGCAUCACCACAACGGGAGAUGGGAGGCCCGGAUCGGCCGUGUUUUCGGCAACAAGUAUCUCUACCUCGGCACCUACGCGACGCAGGAGGAGGCCGCGAUGGCGUACGACAUGGCGGCGAUCGAGUACCGCGGCCUGAACGCCGUCACCAACUUCGACCUCAGCCGCUACAUCAAGUGGCUCCGCCCCGGCGGCGGCGUCGACUCGGCUGCCGCCGCCGCCGCCCGCAACCCGCACCCGAUGCUGGCCGGCCUGGCGACCCAGGAGGAGUUACCAGCGAUCGAUCACCUCCUCGACGGCAUGGCGUUCCAGCAGCACGGCCUCCAUUCUUCUUCGGCGGCGGCGGCAGCAGCGCAGGAGUUCCCCCUGCCGCCGGCGCUCGGCCACGCCCCCACGACGUCGGCGCUGAGCCUCCUGCUGCAGUCGCCCAAGUUCAAGGAGAUGAUCGAGCGGACGUCCGCCGCGGAGACGACGACGACGGCCACGACGACGUCGUCGUCUUCGUCCCCGCGUCCGGCGGCGUCGCCGCAGUGCAGCUUCCCGGAGGACAUCCAGACCUUCUUCGGGUGCGACGACGGCGUGGGCGUGGGAGUCGGUGCAGUGGGAUACACCGACGUGGACGGCCUCUUCUUCGGGGACCUCUCCGCGUACGCGUCGUCGACGGCGUUCCAUUUCGAGCUCGACUUGUGAUGAUCGAUAGAUCGCGGCAGCGCCGCCGCUGGACCAUUCAUUAAUUUAUUCCAAUUGGGUUGGGAAUUUUGUCAAUAGGAGGAUCACAAGAUUCACAAAGAAGAAACAGAAUCAGACAAGAGGACAGGACAAGAUAACAGAGAAUUUUUACGGUGCCAGUGACUGAGGACUGAGAAUUUAUUUAAAGAUUGUAUUUUUUGUUCUUUCCUUCUUUCCCUUUGGUACAAGUCAGAAGUAGGGUAAGCUAAGCAGGAGAGAUUGUUUGAUUUGUUCCCUGAAAGGAAAAAAAACAAUAAGGAGCUAUCGGAUAUAGCUAUAUCCAUAUAUUUUCACA